AUGGAUUCAAGUCCAUUAUUUUAAUCACUUUAAAAAAAAUCUCAUUUAUUUUCUUAAAAUAAAGUAAAUUUUUCAUCUCUUCAUAGACUAAAUUUUUUGACAUUGUUUAUUGAAAAAUACAAUAGUAUUUAUAAUGAAAAUUUAAUCUAAUAAUUGAUUAGUAGUUUAAGUUAAAAUUAAUCAUAUAAUUCUAAUCUAAAUUUGUUAAACAGUUUAAUAUUACUUUUAUCGAAUGAAUCUUUAAUUAAAUUUAAUAUCAAUAACUAAUUGAAACAAGUAAUAAAUAAGUGUUUUAAAAAUAUUAAGUUCGUUGACUUUAAAUCAACUAUUUAUUAAUAAAAGUACUUUUGGAUUGGAUUUUAUUCGCUUUAAUAUUAAGAGAACAAGAUUUUACCAUAUUUAACAUCUUAAUAAAUGUAUGAAAAAUUAAAAAAUAAUAUCUCUCAUUUUAUGUAGUUUAAUAAAGAUUUUAUCAAAAUAUGAUAAUGCUUCAGCAUUUUUUAAUAGAUUAAGAAGUUAUGAACAUCCAAAACCUUAUGUAUUUAUCAGUUUAUUUUAAAAUAUAAAUCAUAAAUAUGAAUAUUUAAUACCUUAAGAAAAAUAUAAAAAAUUAAGAAACAUGUUGAAAUCCAUUAUUUAAACUAAGGAUAGAAUGGAUAUUUAUAAUAAAUUAAUUUAUUUCAUAUUAAUUAUGAAUAAAAAUAUUAUAGAAGAAAUUAAUGAUUUACAUAAAAUACAUAUUUAAGAUUACAUAUAAUAAUAUCAUAAUAUAAUUGAAGUAAAUAAUCAAUUCAAUAUUCUAUAGGUAGAUUUAUAAAAAAAUAUUACAAGAAAAAGUGAUUAUAUAUAGAUUCGAAUUUUAAUAGCAGAUUGA